UUUCUUGCUGAGCCCUGUUCGCUGUUCUGCCCCUUGCAGGUUCUCACCAUGGCUGAGGAUUUGAGAGCAGUGGUUGCCAGCCAGACAAAGAGACUGAGCAGCAGCGGUGAGGUGGUGGAAAGGCUAGUGGAAAAUGGACAUCAAAAUAAAAAGUUAAAGAGAGAUGCGGAUGAGGAAGAUGCGGAGGAUCAGAGUAAAAGGUUACCCAAAAGGAAGAUUGUGUUGCUGAUGGCAUAUUCAGGGAAAGGCUACCAUGGGAUGCAAAGAAACGUGGGUUCUUCACAGUUCAAGACCAUUGAAGAUGACUUGGUAUCUGCCCUUGUUCAGUCAGGCUGCAUCCCAGAAAACCAUGGGAAAGAUAUGAAGAAAAUGUCUUUUCAGCGAUGUGCUCGAACGGAUAAGGGUGUGUCUGCAGCUGGACAAAUUGUGUCGCUAAAGGUCUGGCUAAUAGAUGACAUCUUAGAAAAGAUCAAUAACCAUCUUCCUUCUCACAUCAGAAUCCUGGGUCUGAAGAGAGUCACGGGGGGAUUCAACUCCAAGAACAAAUGUGAUGCCAGAACCUACUCUUACAUGCUGCCAACGUUUGCGUUUGCCCAUAAAGACCAUGAUGUGCAAGAAGAGGCGUAUCGACUGGACAAAGAGACCCUCGAAAAAGUCAAUAAACUGCUUGCGUGCUAUAAAGGAACACACAACUUCCACAACUUCACAUCUCAGAAGGGACCCAAGGACCCCAGUGCCAAGCGGUACAUAAUGGAGAUGUACUGUGGAGAGCCGUUUGUGAGGGACAACGUAGAAUUUGCAGUGAUCAAAGUGAAAGGUCAGAGUUUCAUGAUGCACCAGAUAAGGAAGAUGAUUGGGCUGGUGAUAGCUAUUGUGAAAGGUUAUGCUGCCGAGUCCAUCAUGGAGCGCAGCUGGGGAGAGGAGAAAGUAGACGUCCCCAAAGCUCCAGGACUUGGGCUGGUCUUGGAAAGAGUACACUUUGAAAAAUACAACAGACGUUUUGGAAAUGAUGGGCUGCAUGAGCCGCUGGAGUGGACAGAGGAGGAGGAGAAGAUUGCUGUUUUCAAAGAGCAGUAUAUCUAUCCUACCAUUAUCAACACAGAAAGGGAAGAGAAAUCCAUGGUGAACUGGCUAAACACCCUCUCCAUUCACGACUUUGACUCUUCUGUUGCUGGGAUGCAAGCUAACCACAAAAAUUCCAAGAACAGCAGCGAUCCUGAAGGCAGUGAUGGUUGUGAUGAUGAUUCCGACUGAGCCAUAAGUGGCUGGACCUGGGACCCCUACUGCUUGCUGUUCCCUUGUCUACAAAACAGUGGCCUUUCUAAAUCCAAGAAUCCAGUAAAGCAGGGCUUUGUGUGCUUGCAGAACAGGAACCGGAUGCCCAGGAGAAACUGGGUGGGGAAAGCAGUGCAGUAGAAAGAGGCUUUUUAUACCACUGACUGAUAUACUUGAAAAUAGCGUAAAGAAAAAGCAGCUUUCUAUAAGAAUCUUGUAAUGCAGGAUAUCUUAAUUGCUAUUUGAAUAAUGUUUUUAUUAUGUGUUUACCUGGAAAAUAGUAUUUUAAAUAUGUACAAUCCCUACAUAAAGAUGGGGCAAAUCAUUUUAAUAUACUUCUUUUGAUUAUUAUUAUGAAGUUAU